GCACCCAACCCACAUACGCACCACUCACCUCACCAGCAACCUCACACAGAGGCCGGAAACUCAGGAGCAAAGUCUUCGCCUCCUCUUUCGGGAAAAACAAGUCUUCGGUUCUUCGUUCAAACAGCAAAUGGACAAGGCAGGACACGAGCAUGUGAUCGGCAUCCCGGUGAGCAGCACUGCCAUCGGCAUCGAGGAGCCGGAGUUCACGAACGGUGAUGCGAAGUAUUCGACGAGCGCGCGUACCGGCGGGAAGUCGGGCCGCAGGACCGGGGACAAGUUUGCUCGGGGCAUCAAAGAACAUGUGAGUCUCGGCCCAAAACUGUACGAGACCGUGAGGGGCAAGCUGUCGCUGGGCGCGAGAAUCCUCCAGGCCGGCGGAGUGGAGAAGGUCUUCCGGCGGUGGUUCGCCGUGGAGAAGGGUGAGAAGCUCCUGAAUGCCUCGCAGUGCUACCUGUCUACCACCGCCGGCCCGAUCGCCGGGAUGCUCUUCGUAUCCACGGAGAAGGUGGCCUUCCGCAGCGACCGGUCGCUGGCGUUGACCACGCCCAAGGGCGACACGGUGCGGGUGCCGUACAAGGUGGUCGUCCCGCUGAGGAGGGUGAAGGCGGCCAAUCCGAGCGAGAACCAGCACCGGCCGGAGCAGAAGUACGUCCAGCUGGUGACCGACGACGGCUUCGAGUUCUGGUUCAUGGGCUUCGUCAGCUACCAGGCGUCCCUGCAGCACCUCGAGCAGGCCAUCGGUGCGGCAGGGGGUGGGAUGAAGGUGCAGUCGUCGCGGGGCGCGGGCACCGGGAGCGGGCGGCGCCUGCGGCCAACCGCGGCGUGAAAGCUACGCGAGCGCACGGCGACGCCGAUCACUGUCUGACUUACAACACGAGCUGCAUCGUGAUUUGGGACACCUCGUCGGCCUCAGCGACUAGGCGCAGCGCAACAUCGCCGCCGGGAGCUCAGCAAGGUGUGAGGACUGGCGCUCGCCCGAGCCGACGCCGCACGAGGCCGUGGUUGUCGAGCUGGUGGCCUACGCGACCUCCCUAUACGUGAGCAUGGCCGAGGGGAACGACGAACCGCGCGAGCAUGCAUGGGCAUGGCCGUGAGGACGCCCCUAGCAGGGCCACGAGCCUUGUAGCGGGGGCCCUCUAAUGGCGUGUCAAUGGACGUCAUAGAUUUGAGGGCCGCGGAGUGUACGAGCUGUGGCGGAGGCGCGGGUGACAGUGAUGAUAAUGCUCAAGGAAAUGGCACACUGAAGGGUGUGUUCUGUUCGGAAACAAAUUGGAAUGGAAUGACACUCUAAGGUGUCGGUUCCGUUGACAUGUUUGGUUGGGGAUAUGGAAUUAAAUGAUUUUGAGAAAUAGAGUGGAGAGAAUUUAGUUCAACUCACCUCUUGUAUAGAAAUGGUGAGGUUGCCUCUCAUAUGCAUACAUACAAUAUGAACAAAGUACAAAAUC